UGUGGUCUUUUAAAAACAACUGAGGUGUCCUUGGUCCCUUGUUGCGUCUUUUCAAUGCCAAGAAUACCAGUAUUAGCUUUAAAGCUUCCUUGAAAAUGUUAGUCAUGUUGAAUUAGCUAAUAAUAUCAAGAUUCAGUGUGCUCCUUGCUGAAGAAAUGCAACUUUAACAACUGCAAAUGAUGCAAUCGUUGCUACGUUUUUUUGUUGAGUGGUGAGGAAUAUUGACGUUUAGUGGUGUGUGUAAAAAUGAAGCUGGUAGUCGUAGCCUUUCUGCUGUCGAUCGACAUAGCUGUCGCGAGACCAAAAUCUAGCAGCACGGAUGGUGGUAUCGUUUUAAAUGACAUACCAACAAAUUCAGGGUCUAGACCAAGGAUUGAACAGCCUUACCUCAGGCAUGCCUUAACCAGUGAACUAAGAAGGUCUGAAGGCCAAGACUUUUGUCGCAAAACAGCAAAAUGUCAGCCAGUCAAAAAUCCUAUUUGCCUGACAACAAAGUUACCCUAUUCCCAAACAUCUUUGGAACUAGUGACUGACUCGCACACACAAGAUGAUGUUCAGGAUAAGCUAAUGUUUUGGCAAAAUUUAAAAAGUGUUCCUAAAUGCUGGGCUGUAAUUCAGCCAUUUUUGUGUGCACUUUAUUUGCCAAGGUGUGAAAAUGGCACAGUAGAACUCCCAUCUCAGGAAAUGUGCAAAGUCAUACGCAAUCCCUGUCGGAUUGUAGAAAUGGAGCAUAGAGGAGGCUGGCCAGAUUUCAUGAGAUGUGAAGACACUGAAAAAUUCCCUUCAGGUUGCAAGAAUGAAGUGAGAGAGCUGAAAUUCAACAUAACUCCCAAGUGUCAGUCACCUUUGGUGGAAACAGAUAACAGUUUGGCCUAUGUUGAAGGAGUCGAUGGAUGCGGAUUACCCUGCAAUUCUCCUCUUUUCACAAAAGAAGAACAUGAGCAAGUCCAACGAUUUACACAGACGCUUGUUGCCAUGUGUCUAACCACUAAUUUGUUCGCCGUGUUUACGUUCCUGAUUGAUUGGCGUUCCGCUUCACGUUAUCCGGCUGUCAUCAUCUUUUACAUGAACGUGUGCUUUGCUGCCGCUUGUAUUGGCUGGAUUGCGCAGUAUAUUCCAAGUGCAAGGCAAGAUAUCAUUUGCAGAAAAGAUGGCACAGCCCGUGUAUCCGAACCAAGUGGUGGAGAAACGCUGUCAUGUGUUGUUAUAUUCAUCUUAAUAUAUUACUUUCUCAUGGCCGCUUGUGUCUGGUUUGUCAUGCUAGCCUAUUCUUGGUUCGUCAGCUUCCAAGCCCUUGGUAAAAUCCGUGAAAAAGUCAGCUCAAAAGCGGCUUACUUCCACUUGAUUUCCUGGUCGAUUCCACUAGUUCUUACAAUCACGUGCAUGGCGCUAGCUCAGGUUGAAGCACAAAGUCCACAUGGAAUUUGUUUUGUGACCAACAGCAAUGUGGUGCGAUCUGGCUUUGUGCUGGCCCCUGUGUUAAUUCUGCUUUUCGUUGGUCACGUCUUCCUUUACCGUGGCCUCCUUAUCUUGAUUCGCCUAAAGCUGGGUAGUGCUGCCUCCAUCUCUGCUUCUGCUAAUUCGAAACUACGCAAUACCAUCGUUCGCCUCGCUUCGUUCUCCAUUUCCAUCAUUGGUUCCGUGGUACUGACCUUCGUUUGCCACAUUUAUGAAUUUGAAAGAAGAAGUCAGUGGAAAACUUCAUUUCGUUCCUACAUGGUUUGUUUGGCCAAUCAAAACACGUCUAGAAUCCAGAACCAAGGCCUAGCCGAUGACUGUGAAUUAGAAUCUCGACCAAGUAUGACCAUCACCCAAGUCCAUCUGAUUGCCGUCUUUGGAGCUGGAGUAGCCGUUUCAUCGUGGGUUUGGACGAAAGCUUCCGUCCUGGCUUGGCGGAGAUGGUAUCGAAGGACGUUCAAUAAAAGACCGUUGGAUGAACGGGUUCGCAUUCGCAAGCACAAGAUCAUCGCUCAGGCAUUUGCCAAACGACGGGAUCUAAACCACAUGGGUCGGAUGUCCAUCAGUAUACACAGCACUCACGACGACCCAGUAGGUUUCGGCAACCUUGACCUCAAUAGUGCCGCUUCCAACGACGUUAGUUCUGCGUGGGCAGCGGCUAUCCCAAAAUUCGUCACGCGGCGGGGAGCCAUCGUUGGUGCAGCUGGUGCGUUUGGACUGCGUCGCAACAGUCUCGACUCCGAAAUAAGCAUGAGCGCAGUUCGUCGUAUUUCUGUUGAAUCGAGAGCCAGCCAAUCUCGGCGCCACUCGUUCGAUUCGCAGUAUUCUGUCCACUCUCAACAAACAACGGACUUGGAGCGCCUGACAAGAUUACACUUUCGCCAUGGUGGCCGAAAACGCAAUAACAUGCUUCGUGGUGGACGAAAAAUGGCGCUGAGACGUCGGGGUAGCAUUACAUCUCAAGCCAGCUCAAAAGGAUCACAAAUCCUGCCAGCUAUUACAAAACUAGCGCUCAGAAAUCGACGAGGCAGCAUCACUUCAUUGGCCAGCUCAAAAGGAUCGCAAAUCUUGCCAGCUAUUACGAAACGCAAAAAUCAAUUGCUUCCUCUUGGUGCAACUGGAGCGACUGUUGUUCAGAUUCAAACCAAUGACAAGCGACAAUCAUCGCAAGUUGACCUGGAAAGAAUUGAGCGCUUUUCGCUCAACUUGCCAGGCGAUGGAAGUAGCGACGAGAGUGAUAUCGACAAUGGCGAAUCGUGCAAAAUCACUGCAGCGCCCGUCACGCAAUCGACCCAAACUACCGUCGCAUGGAACGUGGCCACGCAGACAUCGCCCAGUUUAUCGACUCUUCGACCUAUUUCACUUAAGGUUGCUAAACCAACUACGCAAUCUGUAUCUAAAGGAACACAGGUGACUUCAUCAUCUUCAUCAUCUCCGUCAUCCUCUGCAUCCACUUCGCCAGCCGUCCGCAAAUCGUUACCGAAACCCUCGACAAUGGCCAACGUCUCGAGCUCAAAGUGCCACAGAGAGCGCGGCCAAGCUGAUGGUUCGCCUAAUGGAAGCUCUUCAGACUUGUCGGGGCAUGUAUCAGCAAGCGGGCAUGGUCUAAGCUCACCGUCUCAAUCAUUGCUCGAUUACUUACUUCCCAUAAAAAAUCAGUCCGAAAAGAAAUCUGAUGAUAGACAGCUCAAUGGUUCCAAGGGCAGUUCCAGGUCCAACAGGAAUAGGAAGGGCCGUUCACGUGGCGUGGAAGCUAUUGAAUUAGACCGUUCCUCCAUCGCUCGUCUUCUUGAAAAAUUGCGAGAGGAAGACCACAAAGCGGCAGUUGAAGCGGCAAAUGCAGCUGCUAUCGAUUCGGACGAGCGCCCAAAACGUUCCUACGAUCGGCGACAUCGCGUCGAACGUAAUCGUCGCUCUCAAUCUGAACGACACGACGGCAAUGAAAUCGAAUUAGAUUGCCUGCUAAGCUCCAAAAAUUCCAAUCGGUCCGAUCGAUCUAGGAAAUCAGACAGCCGUCGGUCGCGUUCAAAGCAAGAAACGGUUGUCAAUGAUGAUGAUAUAUCAUAACGAUCAAAUCCAUUUUACUCUGACUUGUCUAUUCAGUUUUACUUUUUUUCCUAUUUUCCGACAUCUUUUUAUUUUAUUUCACCGUACUCGAACGUGACAAUCGUUUCUUUUCAAUGACCGUUUUUUUUUUCAAGUAGAAGGUGAAUCUCAUGCAGCUAAAAUCAAUCAAUCAGGUAGUAUGAGUCCCUUCGCUGCCUUUCUCCAGACUUUUGAAUUCCAUGUAUUCUUCCACUCUGAGUCGUUUGAACUUUAUCGAAUGAGAUCUCUUCUUGAUUAGAGUGUGUCAAUAAAUGUAAGUGCCAUUUGAAA